AUGGAACUGACUAGUUGGGCUACUACAUUCUCACCUAACCCUGAUACUACAAACACUUCAAAUACAACUCCGGGCAAAUCACCUUAUUAUCCUGAAACUAUACCGCAUCUGACACCACAACAGCCACAACAACAGCAACAGCAACAGCUCCCUUCAAGCAACAAUAGUAACAACAGUAACAGUAUGAGGUUCGAUCAACAACCUUCAAAUGCAUCAACUCCUCAACUACCAAAUACCGGAAAUACCCCUACGGCAUUCACAGAGUCUGAUCAAAUGUUUUUGCACCAAUUUGAUUCAAACCUUUAUGCUCAACAACACCAACACCAACACCAUCAGCACCAGCAAGAACAACAACCAUAUCAAAGCCUCGAGCAUCAACAUCACCAUUCUCAUACUCAUCACCUUCCUGAAAGUGCGGCUGGUGGCCCUCCACUGAUCCCACCACCACCUCAAGAUUAUGGAUUUGGACUUGAAUCUAUUAAUUUUAUCAUUCCCGAUGAUUAUAACUUUGAUGAAUCUACUUCGUCUGCAUUCCCUCCUACUCAACAGCAUCAGGAAACUCCAAGUCUAUUAGCUGUAAAUAAACAGCAGGGCCAACCAGGUCAACAACAACAACAACAACAACAACUUCCGGCAAAGACAACGGAACAACUUCACCACAGUCAUUCAAGCCAGUUAUUCUCACCUAUAUUGCCUGGUCAAAAUGAUAGGUCGUACAAUAACCAACAUUACUAUCAUAGACAAAAUACCAAGAUUUUCACAGGUAGUGCAGCAGGUUCUACAAUUCGACCAGAUGUUGUAUUCACACCAUUAGCUUCACCCACAGUGACACCACUACAAAAGGCAGCUGGAAGUAGUGCCAGCAGUAGUGGAGGAUCGAACUACCAACCACCAACCCAAGUUGCUUUUGAACCUUUGACUUCCCCCGCUUUAACCGCACAACAAUCAAGCACAACCAGUUCACAUGAUAGAAGAAGAUCCGCUAGUUCAACAUUCGGCCCUGUUCCUGGUGACGCCCUGGGAUCAUCUUCUGGUUCAUCAUACAAGCGCCGAACCCCACAUGGUACACCCAUCCUUGCGGCCAACAACAAUAGUCUUAGUGCUGUUGCCACAGCGAAAUAUUCUCCAUCAAUAAAACCCCGAAUGGAAAAACUUCCACUGUCAUCAUAUAUCGAAGAAGCUGGGGCUAGAAGUAAAUCAACUACACCAAUGUUACCACCCAGUGGCAAACCACCAGUUCUUAAUGGAUCAAACACAUCAGCCAUAACCUCGGCCACAACAACCGCUCCAAACCCAUCAGCAACACCCUUGAUGGGAUUUACUAUGGGAAGACUCGCCGAACAACAAGAGGAAGAAGACGAUGAUGAUGAAGAUAAUCAAGAUGCGAUGUCAAUGUCGCGAUCAUCGACUUCAAACACUUCGCUCAACCUUUCUCGAAAAUCAAGCACUUCGGGAAUAAAGAAGGAAAAACCAGCUACCAAGAAGGCAUCACAUAAAUUGGCGGAACAAGGGAGAAGAAAUAGAAUGAAUAUGGCGGUGCAUGAAUUGGGAAGUUUGAUUCCUCAGAAGUUUCAUGAUGAAGUUGCUAUUCCUAGUAAAGCUACUACUGUUGAAUUGGCUCUGAAAUAUAUUCGGGCACUUUUGAAUGAGAUGGAAGGUAUGAAGAGGGAAUUGGGAAGGUAA